AUGCACCGGGCAGAUCAAGUAUCAUCCUCCACCUGGGGGCUUGCGAAACAUUUUGUCAGUCCCUGCAAGUCUCGAGACAAGAGAAAAACUCAAACCUUUGUCAAUAUCCCUGGCGCAGAUGUCAAACACCGUCAGCUUGCCCUACACAUGCAAGCACUCAUCGAUCCAACCUCACCAGAUGCCACUGUUGCUGCUGUACUUGAUUCCAGCAGUUCUAAUGCUGAUGUGACCAUGGACAUAUUGAAUGAUGACAACGAAUGGGUAUAUGAAUCAGACCACAAUACACCUGAACCUCAUCUACCCUCUUUGAGUCAGUGUGACAUAUCAAUUGAACCCCAACGCCGCACCCUUCCUGACAAGGCAUCCCGCAAGCUCUAUGGAACUUGGACGGAAACUAUCCCCACCCUAAUUGGACCUCUCUUGAUGUAUCUUGCAAGAACUGUCGGACAGCCGCUUAAGAAGUUGGAUUCCAUCAUAUCUGCAUGCACCACCCAUUCAUGCACUCAAAAGCACACAAUGAUUCCAAGGAUAGCAGUGUCUCUUGAACUGCUGUCCUUUCAUCGAGCCCUAUUUGAAUGUUCAUGUGACACUGUCAAUGCACUUGCAGCUGCAUUGAAAACUCAUUAUGCUCAACGAGGGUUCCAAUUAACAGACUCACAUGGAAACAUCAUUCAGGAACCUUUCAGAAGAAGUCUUGGAAGUGCUGUUCAGUGGUAUGAUAUCCUCCAGAUUGAGAUGGAGCGGAAGAUCGAAGCAGCAAUUCUGCAAGCUCGUUAUCAAAUGCAUGCCUCUUACGAGCCCUUACUUCCCUCUCAUGAACCUUCAAUGCCCUCCCACGAGCCUUCGACACCCUCUCAUAAACCUCUGAUGACCUCUGAUGAACCUCUUACGACCUCUUGUGAACCUCUGAUGCCCUCUCGUGAACCUCAAGCUUCUACCUUGCACAAAGGGCAUUGUGCAUCAAUCCUUGUUGACCGCUGUCCGGCUUGUUUUGCAGGAAUGGCAACUUUCAUCACCAUCACCAGUGCUCAGCUGGUGACUGCCCUCGUUUCUAUGAACCGACAUACUUUCUACCAAAGAUGUAUGUUGAUCAACAUCAUACCUAAUGAGGCCAUCGACCAGUGUGAGAGUUCCUAUGAAGCUGCUGAUGGAAAAAAGCAGAAGGCUGCUAUGGAUAGUUUUGAUGACACUGGUUUGAUGGCACUCAUUUGCCAUCAUGAUAUUCCCCUAUUUUUCACAAACAUCGAUACACCUGGUGAGCAGCAGAAGUAUGCUGUUGCUUUACUUGAACAUCUGUUCUUGCUUCUCCCUACCAACACCACAGUUAUUGCUUUGUAUGAUGUCGGCUGUGUACUAUCUCGCUCACUUUCACAGUAUGAUAUUCUAGACACCUCUAUCACUUCACAACUCCGCUUUGCAACAACUGCUAUGCAUGCCUAUGGACAUGAGUGGGGAUGCCAGCUUGUCUACAAUCCUCAUAUGUGCAGAGGACUUGGUUUAUCAGAUGGAGAAGGCACUGAGUGGCUUUGGUCAUGA